AUGCCACUCACCCGUGUAUUCCUCAAAACCCAAAAAGAUUUUCGAGAUUUGACCGGCGCAUCGAUCCUGGUAAUAACCGCAGAUAUGGCCGGCUUCGUCCUCCUCGACCUUUUUUUUGAUUAUGGAUUACCAACACUAUUCAUCUUUCUCCUCUUCUGCCACAGCUUCCCUAUCUAUUUGGCAUCUUACGAACCCUGGACCGCUGCAAGAAUCCGCCGGUAUCUUAAUUACGUCCUUAAAAUUUACUUCGUAGCGACGAUUAUUUACAUUCAUGUUUGCGUGCCAUUCGCAUACAUGGUGUUCACUGCUCCGAACUCGGUUUUCAAUAAACAUAUGGAAGAGAUAAGAGAGUGUGCGUACAGAUUCGAGGAGAAUGGAUGUACGAGUAAAAACAAUAGUUUUAUUGGGAGGGUACGAGGUGUGGAGAGGGAAUGCUUUGCAUUGGCUAUGUGUCUCAGACAUCCGCUCUUCCUGCUGAAAAUCUAUGGCUUUCUUCAGGAGUUACUGUCUCAGACCUUCAGUGAAGGGAGUUUUAAUUAUUUUGUGGUUAUGACUGGCUGUUAUGUUGCCUGGGGAUUGGGGAGCGGGCGGUGGAUGCGUGGCGUGGGUUCGAAUUUGAACAAUCCCAACACCUGCAACAGUCACGCCAGCGACCUCAGCUACGCCAGCACCAACGGCGACACCCACAUAGUUGGCAAUACACCACCUGACCCAGUACCUCACAGUAAUCCUCUCGUCGAGGCUGGCGGGCACGAAAACUCGCUGGGCAUCCAAGCCAACCUUGGGAUUCCUCAUGCCAACGAAGGUGCUCAACCUACUCCCCCACUCUUUCACAAUGAUGUCCCUGGUGAGCCUCCACGUCGUCGUUCUCCUCCUUCCAGAGCACAUCCGAACCCGCUCCGCCAACACCCGGAUAUUUUGACAUCGGGCGUUGCGCCGAGAAGACAGCCACCAACAGCUGGUGAGCGUGUGGCCCCUCCACAAGAGCAAGGCGGAUUCAGACCUGACACCCCGCGGCUUCGGCCCCAAGCAGAAAAUCCAUUCCUUGACCCCGAUGAGAGUCCAAUUCCGCAUCAUGUUGCGGUGCGGACUAGCAGUCCUGGGUUGGGUGCAGCUGGGAUUUUGCGGGAGUGGUUGGUGGAUUCGCCGAUUGAGGAGGUGAUGAUUCAGAUCCCACUCCUUGAGGAGAAUCUCGGUGGAGGUGGGGAGAUUGUGGAUGAUAAUGAGAUUAUUGAGAUUCCUAUACCUGAUGGCGCCGGGAAUGGGAAUGGAGGGGAUCGUGAAGAUGAUGAGCAGUCUCUGUUUGAUACGUAAGAGGUGGAAUUGUUGAGAUUUAUAUGGGACUGAAGUUACUUUGAGAUUUCGCUUCUGGAGUAUGGAGGCUGCGUGACGUCUACGAAAGUCAGACUCUAAUCUCAUCCUUGCUGGUUCCGUUUUAGUAGUCUCUGGACGUGAGCAGCUGCUGCUUUAACCUGAGCCGAGGGUGAGCGUACCUGACCAAAGCCUGAGUAUGCCUGAGCAGAGCCUGAGCAGAGCCUGAGUAUCCUGAGCCAGCCUGCGCACUAUAAUAUGGAAUCUAUUUUAGCCUCCUGUAUACCCCGGCUACUGUUUCCUUACUGGAUUCUGUCCGGGAAUCCGUUUCUGCUCCCUUACAGGGUUUCUGCUAGAGCAAUUUUGGACUACUCU